AUGGAAUCUCAGGACGGAAUUACCGUCCGGCCCAUGAGGCUAAAGGUCUUGUACACGUUUGACAACGAGAACAAGACGAAUUGCCUCGCUCGGUGGCCCCAUGUGCUCGACCUUCAAACUGCCUUUUUGGAUGAGCAAACUCAGAUCGGUGUGAUCGAGUUGAAGACAUGCAUCCAGGCGAUAGUUUCUGCCAGUCCUGAAUUGGUGGCACAGUUGGGAAAGGACUACACAGUCUACGCCUAUGACUACUCCGAAUAUGAAACCCCUUUGGUUGGACAGGGAAUGCUAUCAUGGGUUCUCGCAUCUGCCUCGCCAACACCGGAUGCUCCUGCUCACCAGUCCAAGACUAUGGUGACGGGUCGGGUGUGCAAAAAUCCACUUGGACUUUUCUCCAAGGGCGCCCAGGAGACGUUGGAAGUCAAACUGCGGCUGGUCCCAGUCCCUACAGUGAUGCAAAGCGAAUACCUCGACAGUAUGCAAAAGUACCGCGAAUUGAGCAAUGUCAUCCCUCACGACUUUGACGCUCAGUCAUGGACGAAUUUUCUUCGGCAGAAUCCGGCUCUUCUAGAGGCCUCCCGGAGCCAGCAACAAGGUCGCGUGCCUUCGCCAAUGGAUCAAUCAGGCAUCGAACGAGUCCACCAGCUUCUGAGUGAGAGCGCCACACCGCGGGACUACUCGACUUAUCCUACCAACGAGUCUGUCCGAUCUUCAUCGCCAACCCACUCCUUCGGCCCUCCUAGCCGAAUGUCCACUCCCGCAGGAACUCGCACUCCUACACAACACCACCAGGUUCUGCAACCGAAGCAAAGCUUUUCUCAUAGUGACAACAUCCGCCCUUCAUCUAGUGCUUCUAUGCAGGACAGUGAUUUCCAACUUCAUCAAUUUGGCCUCCAUUCACGAAGAGAUUCAAUCAACUCGGGCUAUGGUAGUGGAGGUGAAGAUGCGGCGGAACCCCAGCAACGGAAGCGGGCGAAGCUCUACCAAGCUGGAUGGCCAGGCAAGUCUGAUAUGAACAUUGAACGGCAGCCUAGCUCCCUGCGAGUCGCUGCUAGCACUGCAGCCUCUGUACGAAUCCACCGCCCAACCCCGGUGAACCCUGCUCUCUCCGUAGAGCAGUCCCACGAGGAACCUGUUCGCCCUCCAACUCCCAUCUCUCGACCUGGCGAUUUCCAAAGGCGUACACGACUGCCGUCGAGUCUGCUACGAGAGAGCUCCACGCAUAGCAGCAGCUCGUACGCAUCUCCUUACACUCAUAGCGAUGAUGUGGCCACGGAUCAGACAGCUCAUUCGCCGGAAGACCGGUACCAGGGUCUGUUUGAGCCUCCCUUCAACAUGCCUUCUUCGCCUCCAGUUCUGGAGUCCCGGUUCCCGUCUCGGUCUAGUCCCAACUUGCCUCCCAUCUCUCUGGACACUGAUUCUGGUUUCAUGAGUGGCGGUCUGGAUGACCUUAUGGAUGAGGGAGCUGGCACUCCCGUGGAAGAGUCCCAGAGGGCUGAUUCACGGCCUGUGACUGGUGAGAAGCGCCCCCGGUCAGUUCGUUCUGCAGUGCAAGCAACUUCUCCGGCUAGUGCGAUCGGUCUGGUGUCAGAGAGUUUGAAUGAUCCCAUGCUAGUGAGCGAUGGUCUAACGGAGCAAAAGUCCAAUCAAAUGAACUCUCUUCCACGCCCAAGCACAUCAGCAGGCUCUCGGCCAUCUUCGCGCAUGAGCUGCCGGCCGACGCCUAAACCGCUGGCACCCGCACCUAUGUCACAAAGUGAAAUUGAACAGUUUAGGAGGUCUAUCCCCGCCAGCGACCCGGUGGUUCCCGUUCAGCCGCCUGUUUAUUAUUCACAGACCAGCGCGGGGCCCAUGAGCGAUUUUUCCAUCGUCGAAACACCUGCGCCCCAACCCGAGUACACCAGAAGGGCCCCUCGCAGCGGAGGUGCGGCGAAGAGAGCAAUGCAGGUUCAGGCUCGACUCGACGCAGCCAUUGCAAGUGGCGGAAUUCCUCCGUACUGUGAAAAUUGUGGUACUAUCGAAACACCUACAUGGAGACGGGCAUGGACAAAAGACUUCCCUGGCAGCGAAGAGGAUGCGAAGAGCAUGAUGAAGACGCGAGGCCUGCUCUUCUGGGAAGUGAUCGAGCGGAAUGACAAGGAAGAGGUUGUGAAGUUCCGGAUCUACAAGAAGGGCCUUGGUACCGGUACAAGCCCUGAGGACCAGGGAUGGACACAACUCCUGCUUUGCAACCCUUGCGGUCUCUGGCUUCACAAAUGCAAGACUAUGCGUCCAGAGAACCGAUGGAAUCGACAGCCACCUGCGUGUGGGAGCGAUGGCAAGCAAAAGCGGCCAUCCAGGAAUCGCAAGCAGAGUGGCGGUCCUCUGUCCAAGCCCUCUACGCGCACCCGCAGCAAGGCUGUGUCAAUUCGCACUGCACAGUCUUCUCCCGCUCCCACCGAGGCAUCCUCUGUGCACAACGAGGAGGGCGCUACUCCUAACAUGGAGAACCAUGAUCAAGAUCAGGAUCAGGAUCAAGCUCAAGAACAGGAUGACGAAGCAGAGUAUCCUAACAAGCGGCGCAGGGCAAACAGUGCUGAGCCUCCACGAUCCAGCGAGAAACCUCGUUGGGAUCAGCAAGAAGCCAUUGAGGCUUUGCGACUCGCUAUUCAAUCUAGCCCAGCUAGGAACAUUGAGAAUCGCAACUUCCCUGCCCCCGACGAGACCAAGCUCACCCCGAAACCUGUGCGCCGUGCUCUCUUUGCGUCUUCCCAGAAGGAAGGGGCACUGAAGGAGCUUGGUUCUUCAUUCGUGAACAGCUGCUCGCCUCGUCGCAGCCCCCGCCUCACCAAGGGUGAUAAGCAGAUCGAGUCAAAGGAAAACCUGGCGCCUACGCCCCAGGAUGACAUUGAUAACCUCUUUGAAGGCCCUUCGCUGGAUUUCGAUCUACCAGUCAGCCCAACUCCUCGACGCCGCCACACUCGUCCGGCUGCCAUGCAUGAGAGACGUCACUCACUUCCAUGCAAUUCACCCACCGCCAAUAGGCGCAAGGAUGUCGGGGUGCCCACCGCCGCCGCUCGUCUCACUGCUGAGAGACUACAGCGCAUUCAGGAUGGCCCACAGCAUUCUCCACGCUCCGUUGGUUCUCAAAAUCGCUCUCCUACCAAACAAGGCGUUCCAGCACUGCCCGAUACUGGUCUGCACUCCGAGGCUUUUACGCCUCUGGAUGGCAUGAUCCUUGACAUCUUCGAUGAUGCUGCUGACGAAGCCCACUCGUUUCAACUCGAGAAUGACAAAUUCUCUGGAAACAACUGGGCGGACUGGCUUCCCUCCGACUAUGUCUCCCCCGCCGCGUCCGAUGAAGACAACAAUCCAUCCGACGAGCUCAUCAACGCAAUCCUUUCGGAUCCGGCUAUCCUGAAAGAGAAUCUCCACAACUCAGAAUUCAUGCCCUUCACCUUUGACGACAACGUCGUCCCCGACUCGGGCUUCUUCAGCUCCGAUGCUCUCCAAACCGACCCCGUGAGUCGAGCCACCGCCAAAGCCACCAAGCCUCCCAAGGAGCGUGGCCAGGCUGCCUCUUCCCCGGCAUAA